GCGUAGUGUUACCUGCCUUGGGCGUGGUGUUGGUGAUGCAGCUCCUCACUACUCACCCCGCACAGCAGCCCACCAACCUCGCCAGCCUCAUCGUCCCAGGCGAGGCCAUUGACCCCAUCUACGAGGAGAAGAUUGGUCACGGCCACAACACCCUCAGGAAGGAGCUCAAGGACCCUGAGAACUCCCUACCAGUGAUGCCCAAACCUUCCCCUGUCACUCACGACCGUCACCCUGCUGCACCCCUCCCUCUUCCCCCUGGCGUUCCUAAUAGCAGUGGCAGUAGUAGUAGUAGUAGUAGUCAGCAGGCAAUCAGUGGGGCUAAUAAACAGAGAGGCGGUAGUAGUAGUGGAUAGUAGCGGUGAUGGUGGGAGACAGCAAGGUCAAGAAGUCCUCCUCCUCAUCAUCAUCAUCGUCCUCCUGGUCGAUGGCAACUGCUAAUAUCACCGACAGCCACAAGGUUCGAUUCAAAGAUCACGCCAUCACCAACCAGACGGUGACGCUAACACUCAUGUCCAGCUCCGACAAGGUCUUCAUGUCCCUCAACAAGAAGGAGAUCUACAGGAACCUCGGUGAUCGCGGCCUACACCUGGUGGUGCUCAACCAACACACGGGGAAGGUGAUGGCCCGUCAGGUGUUCGAUACCUUCAGCGUCGGCGUCGAGGAGGAGAUGGUCGAGUUUAUUGACGACGUCCGCGAUGGCAGAAUCCUCGUGUUUGCUGUCUUGGACGAGGCCAGUAAAACUUAUCAUGGCGAGGGAGGAACAAACUGAAGGAGUUGGGGUCGAGGUGGUUUGGACAAGCUGGGCUGGGACAUGUGGGCUCUCGUCACCAGGAAGGGCGGACUGAAGAUGGCUGAGACGUACUCCAACGUGGCCACUGCUGACACAGGCUAUGAGUGGGGGCGCCCAGUGUUCCUCAGGACUGACUUUAACCUUGAGGAAGAGAAUGAUGAGUGCCAGUGGCCCCAGAACGAGAGGAAUGAUGCCCGUCGUGUGUCUUGCCGGAGGUAUGAUGGCUGGUGGGGCCGUGUGUGAGUGUGAGGUCACCUCCUGGUACGAUGUCUUCUUCCACACCGAUGACAAGCUUCACAAACAGCUGUCACUGAAGAAGAUGUAUAAGGACAUAGGUGUGGUGAUCUUAGCUACGGACAGACCUCAUUACCUGUACAAGACAAUGAAGGCGCUGUGGGAGGCACCUGGUCUAAACCGUGACCGUGUGGCAGUGUACGCCAGCUCCCACCACCGUGAGAUCACUGCCGUGGCCACACUGUUUGGCGUCCACCUCGUUGUUGAUCCGACACGAGGCAACUCAACCAAGGAACACAUCAGGCACAAGGUUCAGAGAGUCUUCAGGGACGUGAUGGGUGCCAAAUUCCCCAGCGAGACGGUGCCUGAAGGUGCCUUGCCCGAGGACGUCUUAACCCCCUUCACCUGCGGCCACAUCCUGAUACUCGAAGACGACAUUCAAGUCUCUGUCGACAUUUUCAAGUUCCUGUACUCGGUGUCCCCGGUGCUAGAGAGGGACCACACGGUGUUGGGUAUCUCCUCCUACAACUAUUACGGGUUCACGGACGUAGCCAUCUCCCUCACUACUGUUUACCGCACUGAUGAACUUAACCCCAUGGCUCUCCUCCUCCCCUCCCGCGUCGUAUAUGACCACAUCGCUCCCAAUUGGCCCAAAGUUAAUACUACCAAAGAAUGGUACCAGCCCCUUAGCCAGGCUCUGAAGGCUGUGAGAGGAAGGGCGUUGCUCUACCCCGAGGUGCCACGAGCUCGACACACGGGGUACCGGGGAGAGACAAUUGCGGGUGGCAUCCAGUACAACUUCUUCAGGGACCACAUCCUCGCUCUCACCACCGACUAUGACCUGUCUGACGCAGAAGUACUGAAGCUUGAGGCUUCCCAGUACGAGGCGAGAUUAAUAGAUACACUCAAAAGUGCAGCGGUCAUCAGAUUCGAUUUCUGCCAACACGAUCUUCUCUACAAGGAGGAUCCACUAGUGAUGUAUAUUUCCUACAAUGGUAGCCACAGUGAUGAUACUACCUUCUCAUACGUCAUGAAGUGUUUACGGACGUGGAGUUUGUACCCCGAGGCUGGGUGGCGGGGAGUGUGGCAGUUCCACUACCAUGGUCAUUUGCUCAGCAUCGUCGGCGUCCCAUUCUCCCCUUACAGCUACCUGAUGCCCAAGGACCAUGAAGUAGUGAAGGCUCCACCAACUACCACCACCAGCAGCGCCUCCUCCGAGUCAUCCUCUUCCUCCUCCCCGACACCCGCAUCCGAUAGCCACCCAUAAAUGAACAUGUACUACUGCUUCUCAAUUAUAGGAAGUAUAUUAAGAGUUAAUUUAAGUAACACCAACGAUAUAACACUUACUCAUAUAUCCGGAAACGAUUGUAACUAAAGAAAAAUGCAUUCAGUCUAUGGUCAUAUUACAUGUAACCCAAAUAUCCUGUCAAAAAAUGAUAGAGUAACGUAAUUAAAGUAACUCGUGGUAGUUUGAGAGAUAUAAUGAAUGGUAAGUUUAGUUAUAUAAGCAGGAAGAAGAGCACACCCAAAGACAGAGUAUUGCCUCAUGUGUCCAGUAGUUUGAAGAACAUUAAACACGCAGUAGUAGUUUUCAUCUCAAAAGCACAAUAAAAAAACCCCAAUAAUUUCACAUAUAAAAUAAAAUACCAUAAAAUCUUCCUAUGCAAAAACAUAACAAAGAUAAAGUAGUAUUUAAGAGAUACAGUAGCGUAGUUGAAGACAAUUAUUAAUAAAUUUGGCAGGAAAGAAAAUACCCACCAAAAAUUACCCAGAGGAUGUUCUUUUCUGCGUGUCUAGUAACGACAGCAGGUGAGUUAAAAGGUGCAUCAUUAAUUAGCUCAUCAAUCACUGUACAAUUAGAUUGAUUACUAAGGUGUCAUUGUUGGUGUUAGAGAGAAAGUAAAAUUAUAUUGAUCACUGAAUAAAAUUGUGUUAAUGUA